AUGGUCAGGCUCAGCACCUUAGCAACUCAGGCGGUCCUGCACCUAGCUACAUUCUUCACCCAGUCGGCCCUCGCCGACUCCGAUGGCAUAGUCGUCUGGCCCCCCGAAGUCCCAAACGAAGGAAACGGCUACUCGCGGGUAAUCCAACUGCAGCACGCCGGUGACUCCAACGGCAAUCUACUAGCCAUCUGGGAGCACUGGUACACACAAGGAGACACAAAAAGCAGCAACGGGACUGCAUCCCACUACAUUAUCCGCGAAAGCGGCGACAAUGGAACGACAUGGGAUACUCUUACAACUAUCUCAGACCCGCUGACGGGCACCGGGCACCCGGCAACUUUAUUCUACCAACCCUUCCUGUUUGAGUUCCCGCAGCAGCUGGGCAAGUAUCCCGAGGGUACGCUGCUGCUUGUUGGCAAUCUGGCCAAGGAUCUGAACACGGACUUUGUGUCCUGGCGGUCGACGGAUCAUGGAAAGACAUGGACCGUCGUGGGGAAAUUUCUGCAUGGAUCGAAGAAUGAGAAGGGUCGGAUUUGGGAGCCGUUUGUUUACUUGGAUAGCAAAGGGGGCAUUGUUACGGUAUUCUCCGACCAGACGGACUUCCAGAAACAUGCUCAGAAGCUGUCGAGUGUUACCUCUGGGGAUGGAGGGGACACCUGGAGCGAUCCCGAGGAGGUUGUCGUUGGUUCACGCUUCGUCGAUAGACCGGGGAUGGCGACGGUCGCGAAGAUGGAUAACGGGGAAUUCAUUAUGAGCUAUGAGUGGUGUAUUGGAAACGUUACCACGGGCGAGAUGACUUCCGAACCGUGCCCUAUUCAUGUGAAGAUGUCGGUGGACGGGGUGUCGUGGAAUAAAAGCGAUACUGGCACGGUUAUCUACACGACAGACGGGAUCCAGACAUUCGGGAGUCCAUAUACUAUCUGGGACCCGACAGAGAAGAAGGUGAUCGUAUCUAGCAAGACCAAGCGGUGGCAGAACGAUACGAAGGUCUAUCCCCCCGAGAAUAGACGCAUUCUCUUCGUCAAUAACAACUAUGGCAAGGGCGGCUGGUCAUGGGCUCCAUCUCCCUGGACCGCCCCCAAGGACACAGAUGUCUGUGGCGCCAACUACAGUCCCAACCUACUGCUACUACCCAAUGGGACAGUCCUAUAUACAGCCGAAGCGAGCAUAGACGGCAACGACCCGAAGUCGCAUUGCACCCUGCGAACCGGUGCAGCGCCCAUUGCGAGCCUCCCGUACAAGUCCGACUUCUCCGGCAUCGGCCAGGCGGGAUGGAUUGACUUUGAUGGGACCUGGUCUAUCGCCGACGACCAGUACAACUUUGCGCCAGUGCCAAGCUCAGCAACGCUCGCGAUUACCGGGUCGUCUGGAUGGACAGACUACGAGGUCAGUGCCGAGGUUAUCAUUACGAGCAAGUCGGGUGUGGUUGGCCUGGUGGCACGGGCGUCUGCAUCGAGGAGUGUUCCCAAUACCUUGACUAGGUAUACGGCUGCGAUCGACAGCAACAGCGGCAAGGUCACUGUCUACCGAGUAGCGGACAAGGCUACGGCUUUGAAGUCGGAGGCGCAUUCUGGUGGUAUUAAAGGGAACAAGUCUUAUCACCUGUCACUUUCUGUGAGGUCGACUAAUAUCACCGUUACGCUGAGCGAGGAUGGAAGGGCAAAGACCACUGUUACCGCUUCCGACGAUGGACUGAAGAGUGGGUUGGCCGGUUUGUAUGGAAGCUAUGGUAGUGGUGGUUUCAAGAACGUCCAGAUCAGCAGUUCGGCUUGA